AGAUAAAAAGAAAAAAGAGAGAAAAAACUAGGACCCCUCUUCUUCGUAUCUGGUCUCAUUUUCCCCCAAAUACCAAUUUUAUCGGAGCCCUAAAUUUUCUCCAUUUUUUCUCAUCUUCUUCCCAUCUGUUCUCUCUCCUUCAAUCAUGGCUAAUGCAGCAUCUGGGAUGGCUGUGCAUGAUGAUUGCAAGCUGAAGUUUUUAGAGUUGAAGGCAAAAAGAACCUACCGUUUCAUCAUCUAUAAGAUUGAAGAGAAGCAAAAGCAGGUUGUUGUGGAAAAGCUUGGUGAACCAACUGAAAGCUAUGAGGAUUUCGCUGCAGGCCUCCCUGCUGAUGAGUGUCGAUAUGCUGUCUAUGACUUUGAUUUCAUGACCGAAGAAAACUGCCAGAAGAGCAGAAUAUUCUUUAUUGCUUGGUCACCUGACACGGCAAGGGUGAGAAGCAAGAUGAUUUAUGCAAGCUCCAAAGACAGGUUCAAGAGAGAGCUUGAUGGAUUCCAGGUAGAGCUGCAAGCAACUGAUCCUACAGAGAUGGGGCUUGAUGUUUUCAGAAGCCGAGCUGGUGGAAUUGAAUGUUGAGUGCGUGAGUGUCUUGUUUAUGUUAAGUGAUUAUAGUUUUGGGGAAGUAGAACUUGGUUAGUUAUACUACUGGCUUGUCGUUCCCGAUCACCUUACUCUUUAAAGUCUCUUCUUCUCAGAGAACUUCAAUACUUUUUAAUCCAUGUUAUAUUGUUACUCAUGAAAUCAAGGAGCUAUCUUGUUA